GCUGCCCAAUGAAAGCCAGCUACACUGUAGAAAUGAAUGGACAUCCUGGGCCAGGAUCAGCUUUUUUCACAACAGGCAGUGGUAUGCCUCCUGCAGGGGGUGAGAUCAGCAAAUCCACCCAGAAUCUGAUCAGUGCAAUGGAAGAGGUGCCAGCUGACUGGGAGAGGGCAUCCCUCCGGCAAGCAGGGCAGGCAAGCCCUGACUUUAAGCCAAGUCCUCAGAAUGGCGCUUCAUUCCCUGCUUCUGGAGGCUAUCAUCAGGGAUCUCUGAUAGCUGAUGAAGAAUCACAGGAGUUUGAUGACCUGAUUUUUGCUCUGAAAACAGGUGCAGGCCUUAGUGCCAGUGACAAUGAAUCUGGGCAAGGCAGUCAAGAAGGAGGUACAAUGACAGAUUCCCAGAUUGUGGAAUUGAGAAGAAUACCGAUAGCUGACACUCACCUCUAGCUUUUUUUUGUCAAAUUGGGAUUUUGAUAUUUUUAUAUCUGUUGUUAUGACUUUGUUAUGGUCUGAAGCUCUUCCUAUAUAUGCAGACAGGCAAUGGAGAUCUAGAUGUUGUCCUGGAUAAUGGGCACAGAAAGGCUUGUAUCUGAUAAAUAGUAGAUUUUGGCAGAACCUUAAAAUCACCUGUUCUGGUGAAAGAUUUACAUGGGUUAAUAGAAUGCACUUAUUUCAUAAAGUAUAGAUUAAGUUUUUUAACUGACCUGCAUGUCUAACCGUGAUUAAUAAAAGUAAUAAUGAUUAUUAUUAAUAAAAAUAA